AUGGCUUCUGCUCGCAGAUCCGGCCGUCUCAAGGGCCCAAGGGCGGUCUAUACGGAUGACCUGUUUGAGUCCGCGGGCAUCGCUGAUGAGUCUGACUCUGAAGAGCGGCAACCAUCUGGGACUGAAAAGAGGAGGCGGCGGCGCGACGAGGAUUCUGCCUCGGAUGACGAAUUUGUCGCCGGUGAAGUGAACGAUGAGGAAGAAGAGGAAGAGGAAGACGAGGAUGCAGGAGAAGAGAGAUAUGUCGAUGUAAUGGAUGAUAAUGAGCCUGCAGCCACUCCCAGGACCCCAAGAACUCCGGGUGGGAGAUCUCGACCGAAGACAGUGCAAAGCCAGCAGAAACUCCUGGAGAGUAGUGGAGCUGCCAAUCGAAGCACCAAGGCUUCUACGACUGAGACACGUACCCGUGGGUGUAUCGAUCCCAGAGAGAACGUGUCGAAGCCUAUGUAUUACAUGUCGACUUUUGGUGACGAUGAAAGAGACUUGCUUGCUGUUGUUUACACGCGUGAUCGAUGGGGUCGAGGCGUGGAUACCUGUCUUCCCACUCGCCAUACUCUCGACAUCCAAUCAACAGCCAAUGAUUAUGAGUACGGCCCAACAUGUGGCGUCGCUCCAGAUGAUAUGGUGAAAGAGCGAACAUCCGGCUGGGACUGGUACUACGACAAAGUCAUUGGGAAAGAAUUUCGGAAGCCCCAGAAGAUUGGGCCCAAGCUAAAGGAAGCAGAUGCGCGUCGGAAAUAUCUACCAAAGCCGAAGAAGGGAAAGCACACCAUUCUAAUAGGUGCUGCCAACGAUCAAAAAACCUUUCACUUGGGCCAUCACGAGUCCAUGAACUUGGCACAUGCCUGGGGAGAGACAAAAGCCCAGAAGAGCGACCAAGCCAGUGCAAUUGUUCGCGAAGGCUGGAUUAUCAGCUUCGAGCAGAAGAUUCAAUGCUUGGCAUGGGCUCCAAACCAAGAUGGCUUUGAUCAGUACCUAGCCGUGGUUACUCUAGUCACGCCGGAACAGAAGGAGAAACACCCUUCUCAUGGGAUUGAGCCCCCCUCGCCGUUCCGAACAGCACCUUCUUACCCUUGUGCUAUACAGCUAUGGCAAUUUACGGGGAAACAGGCGGGUCCUGUUACGCGCACGCUCGACAUGGAGACUAAGCCACUACUUCGGUUGGUUCUGUGCACUGAUUGGGGAGAUCUACGCCGCAUAGCCUGGUGUCCCAUGGCCCGUGAAAAACGAGCAGAGGACGAUCAGAAUGGUAUGAAGAGCAUUGGUCUGCUGGCUGGAAUCUGGGGAGACGGAAAGAUGAAGGUCUUGGACGUCAAGUUGGGUCCCGACAAGAAGACAGAAUUUGUCACCAUCCAGUCUCCCAUCUUCGAGGCCAAAUCGCCCUCCAAUGUCUGUUCAUGUCUAACAUGGCUCUCUCCCACCGAUAUUGCCGUGGGAUGUUCGGACGGGUUCGUGGCAAUUUGGAGUAUUUUACCUACAUCUGAUCCCGAGCCUAUCCCCUACUUCUACAAAUCCAUCCAUGCGUCCUAUGUGCUCAGCAUCACAUCAGCAUAUCCGACCAACCCACACCUCAUUGCCACCACAUCCAUUGAUGGUGAAACUAGGCUCUGGUCCAUGAUUGACCCUGAAAGCGAGAAUACGACCCCUGUGCGCCAGCGCCAGGCCCCUGGCCAUCUCAGUUACUCUCCCAUCCUCCAGUCGGUGUGCUCCUACGAUGAGAAUGAGUUUGGUCGAUUGAUGCCAAUCCACAAAUUCUUUGCGACCCAAUCGGCCGGCAGGAUGCCUAGCUCAGUGAUGUGCCUGGCGCCGUGUAGCUUCUUCCACCCAUCUCUCUUAUUCGGCACAGCGGCCGGCGAAGUGGUGGCAACCAAUCCAUUCCGCCGGCUUCUCUACAGCAAGGAACAACAUUGGCAACAGACUUGGUUCUCCCACGACUGGGCUCCGGGCCUCAUCAAAGACAGCUCAGGUGCUAGCCGUUUCUAUGAGGGAUAUCGGGCGGAGACCCAGAGUCUGGCCCGCAAUCUGUCGGGCGACAAGCGUCCUCAACUCGGCUCCUCUCUCACCACCGUCCAUGAUGAAAGAGCCCACGUCACCGCGCUGGGGUGGAACCCAAACCGCGCAUCUGCGGGCUGGGCUUGUGCUGGAACAGGCUGUGGCCUGUUGCGUGUAGAAGAUCUUGCUAUCUAG